AUGUCGGAGGAAACAAUUAUGCCUAUGAAUAAUCAGGUAAUUAAAAUUGAGCCACCAGAAUAUUCGCCAGAAGACAAUAAACUCGAAAUGGAGGAUGAAUUUGAUAAUCCUGACGUUACUGUUAAAUCUGAAUCGUGUUCUGAAGAUGAUGACACGUGUCAUUUGAAAAGUCACAUGCCAAUGCAUAGUGGAGUACGUCCCCAUGAAUGCAAUAUAUGCAAUAAGAAAUUUACACAAUUAGGUCAUUUGAAAAAUCACAUGCCGAUACACAGUGGAGUACGUCCUCAUGAAUGCAAUAUAUGCGAAAAGACAUUUAUGAGAACAAGUGAUCUAACAAAACACAUGCUGAUACACAGUGGAUUACGUCCCCAUGCAUGUAGUUUAAAAAAUCACAUGCUGAGACACAGUGGAGUACGUCCUCAUGAAUGCAAUCUAUGCAAAAAGACAUUCACAGAAAGAGGUCAUAUGAAAAAACACAUGCUGAUUCAUAAACGAGAGCAUUCCUAUAAAUGUAAUAAGGAAUUUACUCAAUCCAAGGAUUUGAAGAGACACAUGGCACUUCAUAGUCAGAAGCCUGGUGAAAAUCAAUGA